GCCUCCCGGCGGAGACAACAGCUUCUGAUUGGAGGUGCGCGUGAAGGGACUUGGAGAGCAACCCUGAGAGGGCGGCCAUGGUCGGCGGAGGCCCGGUGAGCUACGCGCUGCUCUGCGGCCAAGCGGCGCUGCUCCUCGGCAACCUCCUCUUGCUCCAAGGCGUCUCCCGGAGCCACCAGCACAACGCCACCGAAAGCUCUGGGGACUCAGGCGCGGAGCAACCCCCGGACGCCGGCUCUACUUCCACAGCGCCUUGGGCCUAUCAAGGGCCCUACUCGCCGCUCGUCCGCUGCGACCAUUUGCCGGAGGAGUUCAUUGACUGCGAAGCGCCUGUGGAUCUUGCUGGGAACGCCAGUGCCAGGGAAGAGCAGGGCUAUGGAUGCCUCAAGUUUGGUGGCCAAGCCUACAGUGACGUGAGCCACACUCUGGUCUUCUGCAGGGUGCUGGAUGGCAUUGAGUGUGCAGGAGAGCAGACCUUCCUGCGUGGGAACAAACCAUGCAUCAAGUACACGGGGCACUACUUCAUCACCACCCUCCUCUACUCCUUUUUCCUGGGUUGCUUCGGAGUGGACCGGUUCUGCUUGGGGCACACAGGCACCGCAGUGGGCAAGCUCCUUACAUUGGGCGGACUCGGGAUUUGGUGGUUUGUGGACCUGAUCCUCCUCAUCACUGGGGGAUUGAUGCCCAGCGACGGAAGCAACUGGUGCACCAUUUAUUAGAAAGCUGGGAUUGGACCUAAAACCAAAGACGAAAGCAAUAAGGGAAUCUUGGCUCGGCUGGAGACAGAAUGCAUGAAUCCACUUUUGCGGGAACAAAAGACUACACUGCUCUAUUUAUUUUACACUUCAAGUGGUUCCUCCUAGAACACAGGGGGGAAUGCUAACCAUACUUCUGCUGUAUAUACUUCAUAGUUGGCUUAAAUGGUAGCUGAUUUUGUCCUUCCCACACAGAGCUGGGAAGACUUCCGGACUGUAGAGCAAACCUACUCUAUGGAUUUACCACUCCAGUAAUAAUAUGUAUUAUUACACACUUCUCUUCCCCAGGAAGUGACAAAGUAAUGGCAAUCUACCCUUAAUUGUUGAUCUCCCUGUUGUAUGUUUUGAAACCGGAUUUCCCCUAAUAAAUGUGUACAGCCAGGAUUUGCUGGAAAUAA